AUAGUUCAAUGAAAAAUCCCAAAGUACAAAACAACAAAAUGAUAAUUAAUAAAUACACUCGCAUAAUAGGAAACCAUGUAAUCCUGGUACCGUACAAAGAGGAACACGUACCCAAAUAUCACCAAUGGAUGACAUCUGAAGAACUUCAGUAUUUCACCGGUUCAGAACCCCUCACUUUGGAACAAGAAUACGAAAUGCAAAAAUCAUGGCAGAGGGACAACAACAAGUUAACAUUCAUAGUACUGCAUAAAAACAAGUUUGAAGAAUCUGGAAAUGAAAUUGAUUCAAUGAUUGGAGACACGAAUCUGUUCUUUGCAACCCCCGAAGACCGUAUCUGUGCAGAAGCCGAAAUAAUGAUCGCAGAAUUGUGGGCUCGUGGCAAAAAGUGCGGCUGGGAAGCCAUGCUCCUAAUGUUCCUUUACUCGAUCACUCAUUUAGAAGUUAAACAGUUUGUGGUCAAAAUUACUUUGGAUAACGUGCCCAGUAUAAGCAUGUUUACUAAAAUUGGGUUCAUUGAAGUGAGCAAGAGCGAGGUCUUUCAAGAAGCCACUUUUAGUAAAUUGGUGGAUGAGGAUUGGAUUAAAUGGUUGCAUGAAAAUUUGGAGAGUUUUAUAAUUGACUAUAAAUAUAAUGAUUGAAUUAUUUGGUGAAUUUCUUUUUUAAAUUAUCCAUUAUUAGGUGUCUUUGGUGCAAGACUUCUCUUUGGCAAAAAGGUUUCAAGAACACUGGACAUUGAUAGUGGAUAGUUUCUUCACAUUGGGCUCCAUUUGUGCGAUUUGAUUUAGAAAAUUUGAAUACACUUUCAGAGUAUACUAAAAUAAAUUACUUAAAAUUGUAUACAAUCAAUUAUUUAUCUAUGUAAAAUACUUACAGCAAUAAAGAUUCAUAAACAUGCAAGUUUUAUGAAUAGAAUGUAUAAAGUAAAUAUUAUCUUCAUGAUUGGCUUUUAUUUGAAAAUGAGCAACUGCUUGGUUGGGUAGAUAAGGCCAAUGGGAUAAUUUUUCUGAAUAUUCCGUACUGUAAUUC